UCAUGGCCCAAGUGGCAAUGUCUACCCUGCCCGUUGAAGAUGAAGAGUCCUCGGAGAGCAGGAUGGUCGUGACGUUUCUCAUGUCUGCUCUUGAGUCCAUGUGUAAAGAACUGGCCAAGUCCAAGGCAGAAGUGGCCUGCAUUGCAGUGUACGAAACGGAUGUGUUUGUUGUUGGAACCGAAAGAGGACGUGCUUUUGUCAAUACCAGAAAGGAUUUUCAAAAAGAUUUUGUAAAAUACUGUGUUGAAGAAGAAGAAAAGGCUGCAGAGAUGCAUAAAAUGAAAUCUACAACUCAGGGGAAUCGAAUGAGUGUAGAUGCUGUAGAAAUUGAAACACUCAGAAAAACAGUUGAGGACUAUUUCUGCUUUUGCUAUGGGAAAGCUUUAGGCAAAUCCACAGUGGUUCCUGUACCAUAUGAGAAGAUGCUACGAGACCAGUCGGCUGUGGUAGUGCAGGGGCUUCCAGAAGGGGUUACCUUUAAGCACCCUGAAAACUAUGAUCUUGCAACCCUGAAAUGGAUUUUGGAGAACAAAGCAGGGAUUUCAUUUAUCAUUAAGAGACCUUUCCUAGAGCCAAAGAAGCAUCUAGGUGGUCGCGUGAUGGUAACCGAUGCUGACAGGUCAAUACUGUCUCCAGGUGGAAGUUGUGGCCCCGUCAAAGUGAAAACUGAGCCCACCGAAGAUUCUGGCAUUUCCCUGGAAAUGGCAGCUGUGACAGUAAAGGAAGAGUCAGAAGAUCCUGAUUAUUAUCAAUAUAACGUUCAAGCAGGCCCUUCUGAAACUGAUGAUGUUGAUGAAAAACUCCCCCUUUCGAAGCCUUUGCAAGGAAGCCAUCCUUCUUCAGAGGGCAAUGAAGGAACAGAAAUGGAAGUACCAGCAGAAGAUUCUACUCAACAUGUCCCUUCAGAAACAAGUGAGGACCCUGAAGUUGAGGUGACUAUUGAAGAUGAUGAUUAUUCUCCACCUUCCAAGAGACCAAAGACCAGUGAGCCACCACAGCCACCAGUUACGGAACCUGCCAAUGCUGGAAAGCGAAAAGUGAGAGAGUUCAACUUUGAGAAAUGGAAUGCUCGAAUCACUGAUCUACGUAAACAAGUCGAAGAAUUGUUUGAACGAAAAUAUGCUCAAGCUAUAAAAGCCAAAGGCCCGGUGACGAUCCCAUACCCUCUUUUCCAGUCUCAUGUUGAAGAUCUUUAUGUAGAAGGACUUCCUGAAGGAAUUCCUUUUAGAAGGCCAUCUACUUACGGCAUUCCUCGCCUGGAAAGGAUAUUACUUGCGAAGGAAAGGAUUCGUUUUGUGAUUAAGAAACAUGAACUUCUGAAUUCAACACGUGAAGAUUUACAGCUUGAUAAACCAGCUUCAGGAGUAAAGGAAGAGUGGUAUGCCAGAAUCACUAAAUUAAGAAAAAUGGUAGAUCAGCUUUUCUGCAAAAAAUUUGCUGAAGCCUUGGGAAGCACUGAAGCCAAGGCUGUACCAUACCAAAAAUUUGAGGCACACCCUAAUGAUCUGUAUGUGGAAGGACUACCGGAAAACAUUCCUUUUCGAAGUCCCUCAUGGUAUGGAAUCCCUAGACUGGAAAAAAUCAUUCAAGUGGGCAAUCGGAUUAAAUUUGUUAUUAAGAGACCAGAGCUUCUGACUCACAGUACAACUGAAGUUACUCAGCCGAGAACGAACACACCAGUCAAAGAAGAUUGGAAUGUCAGAAUCACCAAGCUACGGAAGCAAGUAGAAGAGAUUUUCAAUUUGAAAUUUGCUCAAGCUCUGGGACUUACUGAGGCAGUAAAAGUACCAUAUCCUGUGUUUGAAUCAAAUCCUGAGUUCCUUUAUGUGGAAGGCUUGCCCGAAGGAAUUCCCUUUCGAAGUCCUACCUGGUUUGGAAUUCCACGACUUGAAAGAAUUGUCCGUGGGAGUAAUAAAAUCAAGUUUGUUGUUAAAAAACCUGAACUAGUUGUUUCCUACUUGCCUCCUGGAAUGGCUAGUAAAAUAAACACUAAAGCAUUGCAGUCCCCGAAAAGACCUCGAAGCCCGGGAAGUAAUUCAAAGGUUCCUGAAAUUGAGGUCACUGUGGAAGGCCCUAAUAACAACAAUCCUCAAACCUCAGCUGUUCGAACCCCUACCCAGACUAAUGGUUCUAAUGUUCCCUUCAAGCCUCGGGGAAGAGAAUUUUCCUUUGAGGCCUGGAAUGCCAAAAUCACAGACCUAAAACAGAAGGUUGAAAAUCUUUUUAAUGAAAAGUGUGGUGAAGCUCUUGGCCUUAAACAAGCUGUGAAGGUGCCGUUUGCAUUAUUUGAAUCUUUCCCAGAAGACUUUUACGUGGAAGGCUUACCUGAGGGUGUGCCAUUCCGAAGACCAUCCACUUUUGGCAUUCCAAGGCUGGAGAAAAUACUCAGAAACAAAGCCAAAAUUAAGUUCAUCAUUAAAAAGCCGGAAAUGUUUGAGACAGCAAUUAAGGAGAGCACCUCCUCCAAGAGCCCUCCAAGAAAAAUAAAUUCAUCACCCAGUGUUAAUACUACUGCAUCAGGUGUUGAAGAUCUUAACAUCAUUCAGGUGACAAUUCCAGAUGAUGAUAACGAAAGACUCUCAAAAGUUGAAAAAGCGAGACAGCUAAGAGAACAAGUGAAUGACCUCUUCAGUCGAAAAUUUGGUGAAGCUAUUGGUAUGGGUUUCCCUGUGAAAGUGCCCUACAGGAAAAUCACAAUCAACCCUGGUUGUGUGGUAGUUGAUGGCAUGCCUCCUGGGGUGUCGUUCAAAGCCCCCAGCUACCUAGAAAUCAGCUCCAUGAGAAGGAUCUUAGACUCUGCUGAAUUUAUCAAAUUCACAGUCAUCAGACCGUUUCCAGGACUUGUGAUUAAUAACCAGCUGGUUGAUCAGAAUGAGUCAGAAGGCCCCGUGAUACAAGAAUCAGCUGAACCGAGCCAGUUGGAGGUUCCAGCAACAGAAGAAAUAAAAGAGACGGAUGGAAGCUCUCAGAUCAAGCAAGAGCCAGACCCCACGUGGUAGACCUCUUCCCUCCUAGGCUUAAAGUUUCAGUGGUUGAGAAGAGCUUUUCGGACCCGUUACUACCCCAAGCUGUGUAAUAUACUUGUAUAACAGAAAUACCUUCUAUACAAACCUUUUUUUCUACUUUUAGAUAGAAAUGUCUACUUUUUCAGCAGUUCUGUGAAUUGAAUUAAAGAGCAGAGUGACUGUAGAUUUGGAAUGGCUGGUUUACUUUGGAAUGUGUUAUAAGGAUUUUACAGCAGUGCUGGAAAGACGACAGGGAACAUGACAGGGGUGACUCUCCCCAGAUUUUUCACAUAUUCAGCAGAGCCUCCAGCUGUGGCGUUUAUUUUCCACUCGAGAGAAGAUACCUCCUACUGGAACGUCUCAGCUUCUGCAGUGAAGAAACUUCCCGUGAUAGUCCAGUUCUUUAGUUUUUCUAUUUGAAAAAUCAUUUAAAUGAUCAUUUAAAUGUUCACGGCUCUCCUUAACGACUGAGUGAACAUUUAGUAUCUGUAUAUUUGACUAAACCUUUUCCUAAGCUGUCUCUCAUGGUUCAUGUGUUUUUUUUAAAUCAUAAUUAAAAGAAAAAACAUCUGGAUCGCCUAACAGUCAGAGGUCAGUAUCUGAGCGUGUGAAUUCUAGACGAAAUACAGAGAACCUCUUCCACUCUUGUUUUUUGUUCCAAUACAAUGCAUGGUGUACCAGAGUUGAAGACCAGGUGUGCACACUUGGGAAGCUAGGCGACGCUAAAGCCUUGCCAUCGUGUAACCUGUCGUGGACUGGAGCUCUUUGGAACACGGUUCCAGCUUGGUGCAGUCUCCAGGGGUUACCAUCGCCUGCAUUCUUUCCUGCUGCGUCCUGUGACAUGGAGGCACCAGCUGGGGAGUGAGGGUCGGUAAGGUGACGCCGCACACCCUCUGACGCUCUGCGCCGCUCGUAGGAGAGUCGUACAUGUGUUGAGAUUUCACAGACAAUAAGAGUUGUAAAAUACCAGCUAUAUGAAAGCUAGAGUAUGUGAUGGCAUAGAGUUUCCAUUAGCUUUAUCACAAUAUUCACAAUGGAGAAUUAUAUUACAUGGUAGCAGAAAUAGGCAUUUUUAUGUGUUGCUUCUAUUUUACCUCAAAUUAAACUGUAGAUAUAGGGUAAUAAAUAAAAUCCAUCCAUGCCUUUCACACACGAA